AUGAUUGAUUGGGUUCGGAAGAUUGCAUUUCAGCUUGGAUUUGUGGUCGUCAUCAUAAAAUCUGACACAACAACUGGUGAAUCUGGAAGAAAGACAUUCGUUGUGUUAGGCUAUGAAAGGAGUGGGAAAUAUAGGAAGUAUAAGCAAGACGUGCAACCUAGUGUGUCUGGCACGAGAAAAUGUGAGUGUCCAUUUAAGUUGAGGGGUAAACCUAAAGGACACGGUUGGGUGUUAAAGGUUAUGUGCGGUUAUCACAACUAUGAAUUAGCCGAGACUUUGGUUGGUCAUCCUUAUGCGGGGAGGUUAAAUGCUGCUAACAAUCAAUUCUUAUUGACAUGA